GGAAGUCUCACAUGCGGCGACUGGUCGUGGGGGCUCGGGGGCGGGGCGAAAGGCCCUGCGAGAUUCUGUGCCCCUUGUCGGGCCGCUUGUUUGGCUGCUGCCGUCACCUCAUGGCGACGCGGGUAGAGGAGGCAGCGCGGGGAAGAAGCGGCGGCGCCGAAGAGGCGACUGAGGCCGGACGGGGCGGACGGCGACGCAGCCCGCGGCAGAAGUUUGAAAUUGGCACAAUGGAAGAAGCUGGAAUUUGUGGGCUAGGGGUGAAAGCAGAUAUGUUGUGUAACUCUCAAUCAAAUGAUAUUCUUCAACAUCAAGGCUCAAAUUGUGGUGGCACAAGUAACAAGCAUUCAUUGGAAGAGGAGGAAGGCAGUGACUUUAUAACAGAGAACAGGAAUUUGGUGAGCCCAGCAUACUGCACGCAAGAGUCAAGAGAGGAAAUCCCUGGGGGAGAAGCUCGAACAGAUCCCCCUGAUGGUCAGCAAGAUUCAGAGUGCAACAGGAACAAAGAAAAAACUUUAGGAAAAGAAGUUUUAUUACUGAUGCAAGCCCUAAACACCCUUUCAACCCCAGAGGAGAAGCUGGCAGCUCUCUGUAAGAAAUAUGCUGAUCUUCUGGAGGAGAGCAGGAGUGUUCAGAAGCAAAUGAAGAUCCUGCAGAAGAAGCAAGCCCAGAUUGUGAAAGAGAAAGUUCACUUGCAGAGUGAACAUAGCAAGGCUAUCUUGGCAAGAAGCAAGCUAGAGUCUCUUUGCAGAGAACUUCAGCGUCACAAUAAGACGUUAAAGGAGGAAAAUAUGCAGCAGGCACGAGAGGAAGAAGAACGACGUAAAGAAGCAACUGCACAUUUCCAGAUUACCUUAAAUGAAAUUCAAGCCCAGCUGGAGCAGCAUGACAUCCACAACGCCAAACUCCGACAGGAAAACAUUGAGCUGGGGGAGAAGCUAAAGAAGCUCAUCGAACAGUACGCACUGAGGGAAGAGCACAUUGAUAAGGUGUUCAAACAUAAGGAACUGCAACAGCAGCUCGUGGAUGCCAAACUGCAGCAAACGACACAACUGAUAAAAGAAGCUGAUGAAAAACAUCAGAGAGAGAGAGAGUUUUUAUUAAAAGAAGCGACAGAAUCGAGGCACAAAUACGAACAAAUGAAACAGCAAGAAGUACAACUAAAACAGCAGCUUUCUCUUUAUAUGGAUAAGUUUGAAGAAUUCCAGACUACCAUGGCAAAAAGCAAUGAACUGUUUACAACCUUCAGACAGGAAAUGGAAAAGAUGACAAAGAAAAUUAAAAAACUGGAAAAAGAAACAAUAAUUUGGCGUACCAAAUGGGAAAACAAUAAUAAAGCACUUCUGCAAAUGGCUGAAGAGGUGAGAUGGUUUCCUGCGACUAAGGUGUAGUCUUAGUCAUGGGGACUCCUUGAGUUCAGAAAACAGUCCGUGAUAAAGAGUACAAGGCCCUUCAAAUAAAACUGGAACGGUUAGAGAAGCUGUGCAGGGCUCUUCAAACAGAAAGGAAUGAGCUCAAUGAGAAGGUGGAAGUCCUGAAAGAGCAGAUAGCCAUCAAAGCGGCCAUCAAAGCGGCCAACAGGGAGUUAGCAACAUCUGUGAUGCGGCCCCGUACUGCCCUGGAUUCUCACAAGGAGCUGAACACUUCCUCGAAAAGAGCCCUGGGAGCGCACCUGGAGGCUGAGCCCAAGAGCCAGAGAAGCGCUGUGCAAAAGCCCCCGUCCACAGGCUCUGCUCCGGCCAUUGAGUCGGUUGACUAAGAUGAGGUGUGAUCACUGUAUUGAGAGAUAUAUUUUGUGUAUAACUUUCUCUGUUAGUAGUUAACUAUUGGUUUUGUGGUGAAAAUUUUCUUACUUUUUCUACCAUAUCUGUAUUUUCUUAGAACUACUGGACUUAUGUGGUACAGGAGGCUGCUUAGCAGUUUUGAAUAGUUUAAUCUAUAAAUUUUCCUCAGCUGUGUUGCACAUCGGCCUCGUUCUCCCUCCACUGGAAUGCAUGUGUUCAUUGCCUUGUCCUUUCUCUCCCUGCUCCUUGCACAUUAUCAUCCUAAUGAAAAUUUCACUGACAGGGCCGACCAUUACAAGGGAACUUUGUUCUGACGAUGGUUCCUUGAUGUGAAAACAAUAUUAAUUUAAACGUCUCAGCCCCCCCCCCAAUAAUAUUAUUCAGAAAAAGAAAAUACCAAGGCGAUUAGUUUUGUCUAAUAACCCAUUUAAAUGCCAAGUAAAAAUAAAACUCCUAGUGUUGGGUCAGAAGCAUAUUUGAUUGAAAUUAGCUUUUUGAAAACAUUUAUAUCUUGGGACAAAUUGAGAUGGCCACAUGCCUAGAAUCCUAAGUUUCGGCAGAAUAUGUAUAUAAAGAUGUCACUUGUGGACAAAAUAGUACAUAGAGGCAAAUCACUAGACAAAUAAGCUUAGUGUUUACGUGACUGAACAGUCAUCCUGCUUUGGGUUUCAGGUGUGGGAUUUGGACCAUGAGGGGCUCCCGUAGAGGAUGGCGGUUUGUGUUUGAUUCUGAUUUGGGAUUUCAGUACAUAUUCUCCACUUCCCAUAGAAGGCCACUUAUUCUUUGAAAACUGGUGUUCAUGUUUGCCGUUCAAUGAAGUCCCUUGUCAAAGACAAGGACGGUCAAUUCACGUGUCACUUUCACUAGGCAGAAGUUUCUCCAAUACCUUCUGGCUACUUGAAAGUUGUUACAAAAAUUCUACCAGCAAAGUACUCCAGGUUUUUCAAAAGGGAAUUUUCAUUAUGGAUCAGUACCAACCGAAAUUGAUUUUCAUUUCCAAAACAAACACUGGCACCAACAUUUUUACUUUGGGAAGACUUGGCAGAGUGUUAGUCAUGAUCUGUUACUUAUGUGUUCAGUCUGUUUCUCACCCCCUUCUUAGUUACCAUCUCUUUUUUAAGAAGAAAAAAGAAAAGCCACAGUAUUAUCAAGGUCUCUACACUUGGACUGGGGGAAAAUUUGAAAUUAAGCACAUAACUUUUGAAUUAGUUCUUUGUUUCAAUGUUGAAUGUGGCGCAGUUAUGCAGAUGAUUAAUCAGGCUGCACUGAUGGAAAUUUUGACUUUGUCCCUGGUAUAAUUUGCAUUGAAAUGCUUUAUGAAAUAAAAGGUUCUACUAGAACUGAUGUUAGCACAUUCCACUGAGCAAAACUAUCAGACUGACACUUGUUAAAUUGCUUACUGGACUGAAUAAACUCUGUUUUGUCCAGUUAAAAGGGUUUUCUCUUUGUUACAAGUGUUAUUUGUAAAGUCCUGUCACAUUCAUGGUCUAAACUGGGUUGAAAGAAUUGAAAAUUGUCCAACAGAUAGAUAGGAAACCGCCUGGAGUGGAGGAGGGUUGUAUCUAAGCCUCCACCAUCAGUCAUGUUAAUUCAAGGGGCCACAGUGGAGGAAAAUAAAUCCACAAAGUAGAUUAUCUAAUUACCAUCAAAAUGAGUCAGAAGCAAAAAACAACACCCUCCAACAGCCUCUUACGAGUACACCCUGUUCUGCUACUAAAAUACUAGACUCAUUUCCCUGGUGGUGGGGGGGAAUGCAGGUAUAGAUCAGAAAUAUAAUCAUCUACCUUAAAAUUAGUACUAAUGAUCACAUUUCACAAGAACUCUGCUGGAUGUACAGCUCUUAACAUUUUAUUAAGCCAUUUGUGUAGCCCACCACGUUUCUUUGUGGUGCUUGUCCUGUGUGGAAGAUUGUAAAUCUUGGGCCUGUUGCAUACUUCCAAGGGCUUUAAAGCAAUGUGAUUAACAGUACUUGGCCUGCUGCUUUUGGCUUACUUUGUAUUUUUAGCUAGAUGCUAUUAUAGUGUUGAAAGGAUAUGGAUUCUGUCUGGGAUGCAUUUGUUGUCCUUUCAGAACCCUUCCUCCCAUUACCCUGUGAAUAAAAACAAAUGGGACCCCCUGAGAAGGACAUCUUCCUACAGUGAUCACCUCACCAGCCCAGUGUUGUGGCUUUGUAGCACACCCCAUAUCUACCAUAUUCUAGAACACUGUAAUGCUACUAGGCUGGCCCAGAAAAGGUUUAAAUGUUGAAUUCACUUAAAUUGCAAUUGUUGCACCAUCAUGGAAUCGUGAUGUGUAUUAUUUAUAUUGGCGGUAGACUCCAAGGUGUAGAGAAAACUUGGGUCUUGGGUAAUAUGGACCAUUUCAUCCUCAGACUUGUUAGGAGUACAUUUCUUGGUCUUGAGACCAGUAUUUUUCAGUUAUGUAUGCAACUGCCUUUAUUACACCUGGUUAUCACAAUUCAAUUCUCAGGUGUUGCAGAAAAAUCUACCUCUUUCAGACUGUAGAUGGAAAUAACUGUGAAAAAAAUGAUGCAGAUAUCUUCUAGUUUGUGCUAAACACACUGCUUUAUUUUUACAGCCCACGUCUUUCAUGAGGAUACGAAUUGUUAAGAGGCAGUCUCGUUUUGCUUUUCAAAGACAUUUUGUAGAGAUUUUUCACUAAUGUGAAUCUGAUUUUAUCUACUUGAUUCUGUAUAGAUUAAGUAAAUAUGUAUGAUAAACUUAA